UUCUUUCGUGGUGCAUUGGAUCCGUCUAUCUCUCUCUCUCCCCAAAAUUCAGCUUUUCAUUGGCAUUCUAUCGGUUCAUAGUGCCCCCUGAGCUCUCUUAUCCAUUCGUUUAUCAGGACUUCGAGCCAGACGGCGACAGGGAAUUGGCAAUCUAACACAAUGACGUCUCCGUUAACGGCUCAAAGCUCCAACAGCUCUCUCCAGAGCUCUUGUGAAUCAGUGCGCCGCAGGGCAUCCUCGAUGGGAAAUGAGUUCAUGCCGUCAGAGUUCCCUGAGAAUUUUGGAGAGGUUGUUAAAAGUGUCUAUCGAUCUGCUUUCCCGCAACCGUGGAGCUUCUCUGCGCUCAAAAAGCUUGGCCUUCGGACUAUAGUCACUUUGGUAGACGAGCCUUAUACGCCAGAGCACAUGAGCUUCCUCAAGGAAAUGGGGAUCGCGCACAUCCGUAUCCUUGUCGAACCCAACAAGGAUCCUGCAGUCAAGUCUCCAGACUACGUUAUCUGUCAGGUAUUGGAAGUCUUGCUCAACAAGGCCAAUCACCCUGUUCUUGUCCAUUGCAACAAGGGAAAACAUCGGACCGGCUGUGUGGUCGCCUGCUUCCGCAAGAUUCAAGGUUGGCGCAUUGAAGAUGUGCUGGCUGAGUAUCAGACAUAUUCGUUCCCCAAGUCAAGGCCGCUGGAUCAGAAAUUCAUCAUGGCGUUUGACGCCUCCCAGCUCUCUAGCCUGGCACAGAUCUCUGGCGUGAAAAUGUGGCAGUCUGCCAGUCUGCCGAAGGCAUUAUCUGAAGAGAAUGCCAAGGAUCAGGCUUCAUCCUCGAGUCGGCUUCUACCCUCUCUGGGCAAAAUAUACGUGACUUGAUAACCCUAUGUCGAUGGAACUCACGCUGUUCUUUUCUGUCAUCUGUGGUGUGCCUGGUCAUCGCAGUAGUCGGUGGUCUGACAACGCAAGUUUUUCAGCUACGUCAAUGUCGUUGCAAUCUUGGCCAUGAAACCGGCUGAUGAAUCACACCACCUAGCUCUUGUCGCCUCUCGUUCUGCAUCAAAAUCUACUCUUUUGAUUAGAACACUGGCCAUCAGUGAAAGGCUUGUGUACCCAGAGCGAGAGCCACUCAAACUCCGCAGCGCUCCGCGAUGUCUAGAGGCUCCAUCAAUUUGACUGCU